UAAAUGUAUUAAAAAGAAGAUUUAAAAACACUGAAACUCACAAUAUUAGACGAAUGUUGAGCUACUCUUCAAAUAACAUGCAAGUUCCUGAUGUAUUUGGAAAUCACAACAUACAACUAUUAUCCUGACACAACAACACAACCCUGAGAGAUAGCUUAGGUUUUUAGUCACACGAGUUCAAGGAAUGUUUUUCCACUGUGAACCUUCCCUGAAACAUUUUUUGUCAAUCCAACUUUAGGAGAACCACAGACUGGGGGACUACUGUGGUCAAUAAAAGCAGAGAAAAGAGGGAGCCUGAAAUGAAAAAAAUGGAGUUAAAAAAGCAGAAUGUUUAUGUUAUUGCUCAUUUACUUUAGCAAAAUAUACUCCAAAACAACAUAAUGAGCCAAAAUGGUAAUUUAGUCUGUUAGUACACUGCCAUCUAGUGGACAAUCACAUUCAUGCUACCUGAUUUAAUAGACCUACAAUAGACACCAUGAGUACCAAGAAUUCUUCCACAAUGAUUUGUCAUUUUUAGAGCAAUACAUUAAUCCACACAGGUCACAUUUCUUUGCACCACUGCUUAUGAUUUCUUUGAAUUCUGUCGCUGUAACACAAGCCUGAAUGUGACCAUUUGUGGGUGAGGAAAAGGAGGAGGACAAGGAGGAGUUGAAUUUAUUUCCCCCUGCACCCCUUCUGGACUCAGAGCAGUGAGGGCUCAGGCAGGAAAAGGUGACGAAGAUGAAGAAGCUGGUGGUGUUUUUGCUCUGCCUGGUUUUGCUGGCUGUUUCAACAGAUGCCAACCCUGUCAUCAAAGAGAGCUUUGCUAAGCAGCUGCUCCGCAGCAAGAGGCAGGAGCGGCCGCUGAAGGCCGGCCACCCUGAUGAGCCCAUGAGGGAGCAUCUGCUCCACAUGCAGGCUCUGGAUCAAAGGGCCCAGGAGACCAACCUGGAGAACUGGUUGAAUCCUCAUUGCCCCCCACGUUGUGACAGGAACUAUGGACACCCAGUCUAAGGAUGAUUAAGGAAACGACCAGAAGUGACCAAACAUGGACUCAACAGUGGCGACAUUUAAAGACAGAAACUUUCCUCUUUUGUUUCCUCUGAUGUCCACAUAAGGACAGGCAGAUACUGUGUUGUCUUGUAAAAGCUAUAGUUUGCUGAUGUAGUGAUUUCUCCUUUUAUUUUCUUCCAGUUGUGUGACGGAAUGAAAUUUGUUACAAUGAAAAAUAAAAAUAAUAAUAAGUAGCC